AAGGACAGUUGGAACGGAGCCUCAUACGCAAAGAAUCUCUCCCACAUAGCAGCACUUUCCGGGCCCGUACAAGCUCUUCUCACACCUCAGCCUACAGACACAAUCCUGGACAUUGGUAGCGGUGAUGGAGCAAUCACAGAUCUGCUAUCUAAGAAGGUCCCACAAGGCGCAGUCGUCGGCCUUGACGCCUCGAAAUCAAUGGUCGAGCAUGCAAUCAAGACUCACACAGAUACCGCCAAGCCCACAGGAAACUUGAGAUUCAUCGAACACGAUUGUUCCGACCUCAACGACCCGCCUUCAGAAGACGGAGGUCUUGGCGUAAUUCCUUGGGGUGAAGGAUGGGAUUGGGUCUUCAGUAAUUCGACGUUUCACUGGAUACUAGGCUCUUCUUUGGCUCGAGAGGCUACGUUACCAAACAUCUAUCGACUCCUGAAACCUGGUGGUCACUUGAUCUGCGAGCUUGGAGGUGCAGGACAUGUGGCGGAGGCCGUGACUGCUUUCAUGGCUUUGCUUGCUCACUAUGGCAUUCCUCAGGAGCGGAGAAGGGAAAUCAUGCCUUGGUUCUUUCCUACUGCUCACUGGAUGAGAAAUGCACUGCAAGAUGCUGGAUUCAAGGUUGAGGAGUGCGGCCUACACUUUCGGCCGACGAAGGUCGAGAACCUGAAGGCUUGGGUGGAAACUCUGGGAUUUGUGUUUCUAGAUGCUGUCGAAGAGGUUGCGCCAGGAAAGAGGGAUGAGGCGGUGGAUUGGGUGGUGAACGUUCUAGGGGAUGCGGUCGACAGAAGUCAGGAG